AUGGUGCAAGAGACUGAGAUUUGCUCAAUGGUGCUGCGAGUUGUGAAGGCGUUCCGGUCGUCGUUAGAAGAAUUCGAUGAACGGCGUUCCAUUGCCUCCACUCACUCCGUGCAAUCGAUGCGUGGAUGGUCCCGGUUGGCGUCAAGUCCUGACCCGGCCGGCACCCGAGCUGCGCUUGCAGCACUUUCCCAUCGGCAAUCGCCACAGCCUUAUCCAUACUACCAUCACCAACAACCACGAACUCCAUCGCCGCAACCGCAAAUCGUUGUUGAGAAUGGGGGCGGUGGAGGCGUCGGUAGCUCUGCGCUACCCUCGCCGGCUGUCGGCAAUGUGAAGCUGGAAAAAGUGCCUUUAGUGCAGAAAUGGUCACCGGACACGAACUCGUCGUACUCGCAGCGCAUCUCAAAGAGCAUGUCACUGGAUACGCCUGUCUCAGUGGCACACGUCUAG